AUGGAAGUCUCUGAACGAACGCUAGAAUCUUUAUGCUCAUGCUUUCCGGGAAGGCAGGCUGUCCUGUUAAAUUGCGGUAAUAUUUGCAAACCUAACAGCCUGUUGGAGGCUGUCCUGUCAAAUUGCGAUAAUACUUGCAAACAUAACAAAGAUAGGAAUCAAAUCCCCGAUCAUUGGACAGGAAGCAUAGAGCUCAAACCGCUCAGUCCACAGAAGCCCAAAAAUGCUGAUAACAAAUUGGCAAGGACAUUCAAGAAUGUCAUAGGGACAGACACUAGUCCAGAGCAGCUAGAAUUCGCAGCCAAGGUACCAAAUGUUGAUAUGAAUGUACUUCUUCCAAAAUAUCCACAGCAGAACUUGAAGAAAAAUUGGAUCGGGAUCCAGUGUUAUUUAGUGACCAUUGCUCAAGCAAUGCAUUGGUUUGAUCUCCCAGAGUUCUACAAGCUAGUAAAAUGGAUACUGAAAAAACCCAAUGGAGUAAUUGCUGCAUGGUGCUAUACUGUGGCAGAAGUUAACCAAAAAAUCGAUCCUCGCUCAAGCAAUGCAUUGAAAGGAUACUAUGGUGAUGCUCAGCCCUAUUGGGAAGCACCAAUUAAGCUGGUAGACAAUAGAUAUGAGACCAUUGAUUUCCCAUUUCAGCCUGUGGAUGGACUUGAUCACACUGGACCAUUCAAAUUUAAGUCAGAGACUCUGAUGGAUUUGGAUGGCUACUUCACAUAUAUAAGGUCAUUGUCAGCUUACCAAACUGCAAAAGAAAAGGGAGUGGAACUCUUGACUGAUGAUUUGGUUAAGGAUUUCACUGCUGCAUGGAAUGAAGAUGGCAAACCAGAAAAGGUUGUUUCUUUUCCAACCUAUCUGAAGAUUGGGAGAGUUGGCAAUUAGUAUUAAUA